AUGGCAUCAUUCCUCGAAAACUCCUACAGUCUAGUCCACCAGGACAACACAGCCGACCAGCCGACCCUGCAGGAGCUGCGUCUCCAGCUGGAGAAGGGUACCGAUGAGACAAAGAUAGAAACCAUGAAGGUGGUGGUUGCGAUCAUGCUCAAUGGCAACCCCAUGCCCGAACUUUUGAUGCACAUCAUUCGCUUUGUUAUGCCAUCGAGGAGCAAGCCACUGAAGAAGCUUCUCUAUUUCUAUUACGAGAUCUGCCCUAAGCUUGACUCCAAUGGCAAGUUGAAACAGGAGAUGAUUUUGGUCUGUAACGGUAUCCGAAAUGACCUUCAACAUGCCAACGAAUAUGUGCGCGGCAAUACUCUCCGCUUCCUGUGCAAGCUGCGGGAACCCGAACUCCUCGAGCCCCUCCUUUCUACGGCCCGCUCUUGUCUGGAGCACCGUCACGCCUAUGUGCGCAAGAAUGCCGUAUGGGCUGUUUCUUCCAUCUUCCAGCACUCGGAGUCUCUCAUCCCUGACGCCCCGGAACUGAUCCAAACCUUCCUUGAAGCCGAAACCGAUGGCACAUGCAAGCGCAAUGCCUUUGCCGCACUGAUGACCAUCAGUCACGAGAAGGCUCUUGAAUACCUUCGCACAACUUUUGACACCAUUCCUAACACCGAUGAACUUCUACAGUUGGCUGAACUGGAAUUCCUGCGCAAGGAUGCUGUCCAAAACCCUCAGAACAAGUCGCGAUACCUUAAACUCAUGCUCGAACUCCUUGAUGCCUCUACUAGCACAGUUGUGUACGAAGCCGCCACAUCUCUUACUGCCCUUACCAGCAACCCUGUCGCCGUGAAGGCCGCCGCGGGAAAGCUGAUCGAGCUCGCCAUUCGUGAGGCUGACAACAACGUCAAACUUAUUGUAUUAGACCGCGUGGAUCAGCUGCGGAUUCGCAAUGAGGGCGUACUGGAUGAUCUCACCAUGGAGAUUUUGCGUGUCCUCACUAGCCCCGACAUUGAUGUGCGGAGAAAGGCUCUUGGUAUUGCAAUGGAAAUGGUUUCCAGCAAGAAUGUCGAGGAGAUUGUCAUGCUGCUCAAGAAGGAACUCGCUAAGACCGUUGAUGAGCAAUAUGAACAGAACAACGAAUAUCGCCAGCUGCUGGUUCAGUCAAUACACACAUGUGCCAUCAAAUUUUCUGAGAUUGCCGCCAGCGUCGUUGAUCUCCUCAUGGAUUUCAUUGCCGAUUUCAAUAACAACUCCGCCAUUGAUGUGAUUUCAUUCGUCAAGGAGGUUGUUGAGAAAUUCCCUCACCUUCGUAGUUCUGUCGUUGACCGCCUGGUCUCGACUCUAACUGAGGUCAGAGCUAGCAGGGUCUAUCGGGGCGUUCUUUGGGUGGUCGGGGAGUACUCUUUGGAGGAGAAGGAUAUUCGGGAGGCUUGGAAAAAGAUCCGAGCCAGUCUUGGAGAAAUCCCUAUCUUGGCAUCCGAACAACGACUACUAGAUGAAGUCCCAGAGGAUACCGUUCUCCUUCAUGAACCGGCCCCUGUUAAUGGCCAAAAGGCCGCUCCCUCUGGUUCCCGAAAGGUGUUGGCCGACGGCACUUACGCCACUGAGAGCGCUCUCACCAGCCAGUCUUCCGCCGCUGCUCGUCUUGAAGCCGUCAAGGCCGCACAGAAGCCACCACUGCGCCAGCUUAUUUUGGAUGGUGACUACUACUUGGCCACUGUUCUCUCGUCCACAUUGACCAAGCUGGUGAUGCGUCACUCGAUUGUGUCGCAGGAUAUUGCCCGCACUAAUGCCCUCCGCGCCGAAGCCAUGUUGAUUUUGAUUUCCAUCAUGCGUGUUGGCCAAUCUCAGUUCGUCAAGGCCCCGAUCGAUGAGGACUCUGUUGACCGUAUCAUGACCUGUGUUCGUUCACUGGCUGAGUUCACUGAAAAGAAGGACCUCGAGACCACCUUCCUUGAGGACACUCGCAAAGCAUUCCGUGCUAUUGUUCAGGUAGAGGACAAAAAGAGAGCCGCCCGGGAAGCUGUGGAGAAGGCCAAGACUGCUGUCCAGAUUGAUGACGCUAUUCCCAUCCGACAAUUCGCCAAGAAGAACGCCGUCGAGGGAGCUGAGGAGAUCGAGUUGGAUCUUGUCAAGGCUACCGGUGGUGAUUCCGUUGUAGAGAGCGCACCAUCAAAGCUGAGCCGAGUGGUCCAGUUGACAGGUUUCUCUGAUCCAGUUUACGCCGAGGCUUAUGUCACUGUUCACCAGUUCGAUAUUGUUCUGGAUGUUCUGCUGGUGAACCAAACCACCGAGACCCUACAGAACCUAUCCGUGGAGUUUGCCACUCUAGGAGAUCUCAAGGUCGUUGAGCGGCCAUCCACCCACAACCUUGGCCCGCGUGACUUCCUCAAUGUCCAAGCGACAGUCAAGGUCUCGUCCACUGACACUGGUGUCAUUUUCGGAAACAUUGUUUACGAUGGUGCUAGCUCCACCGAGACCCACGUGGUCAUUCUCAACGAUAUUCACGCCGAUAUUAUGGACUACAUCCAACCUGCUCACUGCACUGAGACUGAGUUCCGAACUAUGUGGACUGAGUUUGAAUGGGAGAACAAGGUCAAUAUCAACUCCAAGGCCAAAAACCUGCGUGAAUUCCUCAAACAGUUGAUGGAUAGCACCAACAUGGCCUGCUUGGCCCCUGAAGCUUCCCUGAAGGGUGACUGCCGAUUCCUGAGUGCUAAUCUUUACGCCCGGAGCGUGUUCGGCGAGGAUGCAUUGGCGAACUUAAGCAUUGAGAAGGAGGGAGAUGAUGGGCCUAUCACUGGCUUUGUUCGUAUCAGAAGUCGUUCACAGGGUCUGGCUUUGAGCCUUGGCUCUUUGAAGGGUCUUAAGGCCGCCACAUCAUAA